AUGGCUGUUGGUGCGAGUGAAUUGUCAAAUGUCCGAUCAUCUGUAGUAUUCGAAAUAUUUUUAGUAGCAAAUCGUUGGUGUGUAUUUCUUUGGGUACUAGUGGAAUCUCUUUGUUUUGUGUAUAAAAAUGCAACAAUUAUAUAUCCUACUCAAGGUUAUAUAGCUGGAGAAAUAAUCUUAAUGUUAGCCGUAUUUUUUGUGGAUCUAUUGCGUUUAUUACUUGGAUCAAUCUCAAAUCGAACUGAAAGCAUUCUUCUGUCGGCUGCUACUAUUAUAUUAACAUUUGCUAUAUUUUUUGGAUAUUUAUAUUUUAUUGCAUGGCAAUUGUUUGUUGUACGCGCAGAAUUAAUUAUGACAAUUAUUGCAUUGAUUUUUACUGGAUGCAGCAUUGUAUUUCUAAUAUUAUGUAUUGUAUUUUUUGCUCGCCCAUCGCCAAUGCCAGCAGUUUACCGACAAAUGCCAUAUCGAACAACGAUGUAA